AUACAUAUCUUCUGUGAUCAAUAAACGCACGCUUUCACAAUAUAUUUCACAGCUCGUGCAAGAAAAGGAUCGUGGUGACGAGGAUGCCUCGAGUCAUGGUCGAGAGGUUCGCUAAGCAGUAUCUUAUUGCCGAAGAGGUCAUCGGUACAGAGCUAAUCGUGAACCGAUUCGGUUUUGUUACCGGUUUGAUUCAGGAAACUGAUAUAGAUGCAACUGCUUUCAUCCGUGUCGCUAGCUUGUUUGUUGACCAGAAGCCUCAUCUAGGUCUUGGAAGACCACCGGUUUCUACAACAUUCAUAUCAUUAUGUGAGGAGCAAAUUCAUGAACCGGUUCAGCGGAACCAACGAGUUGAGGUGCAGCCGCCUAAACCGGUGAUCUUCCACGAUGGAGGCCUUAUGAAACGACCAACACCGGCCACGGCUGUCAUCAUCCUACUCUGGUUACCAUUUGGAAUCAUUCUCGCCGUUAUACGGAUCCUUGGUGCGUUCAUUUUCCCAUUGUGGCUCAUGCCUUACGUCAUUACCUUAUCAUUCUGCCGAGUCACCGUGAAGGGCAAGCCUCCGCGUACUAAGGCUGGAAACGCUGGUGGCGUACUCUUUGUAUGUAACCACAGAACUAUGAUAGAUCCGCUUGUGAUAGCUUAUGCCCUCGGACGUAGAAUCCCUGCCGUUCUAAUAUCCGACCUCUCGCGGUUUUAUAAUAUUUUGAGUCCGGUCCCUAUCGUACGGUUCACCAGAAACCGUGAUGUCGAUGCGGUAAUAAUGAAGAGGGAGCUUUCCAAAGGAGAUCUAGUGGUCUGUCCCGAAGGAUCCAUUUGUCAUCAACCCUUCGUGCUAAGGUUUAGCGCGAUGUUCGCGGAGUUAACAGACAGGAUCGUGCCCGUGGCGGUUAAUUGUAGAUUUGGAUUCUUCCAAAGGCCUCUAAGAAGUUGGAAUGGUCUCUACUUGUUCUUCUUAUUCAUGAACCCGACAAUCGAGUACGAGAUUACGUUCCUUGACCAGCUUCCAUUGGAGGCCACUUGUUCAUCCGGCAAAAGCCCGUACGACGUUGCUAACCAUGUUCAGAGAAUCUUGGCAGAGACGUUAGGGUUCGAGUGCACUCAACUCGGGAGAAAGGCUAAGUACACUGUUCUCACUUGAUACACAAACGGUGUUGGAAGAUCACUUUUUAAGUCAGCGCUUGCUAGAUUGCAACUUGACAUAUUAAUAAGAAAAUAUGAUCGCAAUGGUAA